CGAUCGAAAGCAUUCAAGGAGAGAAGGAAGGAGAUUGUGUCUGGGUUGUCCUCUACUUGUACGGUUACUAUAUCCUUUGCCAAGUGGGAUUCGCUUGCUCGCAGUCGCCAUCUCGUCAUCAUCGAGGGAAUUUUGCCAGGACGCCAUCGUGGGUGGCAUCGAGGGAAUUUUGCAAGGACGCCAUCGUGGGUGGAUGUGGGCCUCUACGAAGUGGUGAAGUGGAAAUCCUCUUCUCUGGUCGUCUUUUUCAUCGUCAGAGUAAUCGUUCUAUUUGCCCGCUCGUGCUCGUGCAUCGUGCUUUGUGUAUCCGCCUGCCAUUUUUUUCUCUCUGAAUCAGUGGUUCCACUUCGUGGCAGUGAAAAGAGACAGCAGUUCGCCAUUUAUCAGGUUCACGCUGGAGUUCUCCUUUUUUCUCUUCUUGGGCGAGAUUCGGUGGUCGAGUCGUAAGCGCUCCACAUGUAUCUUCGAGUGGGCAGGCAACAAACCGGCGGCUGGCUAACCAAGUAGUAACAAACAUCACCUCAUGAAUUCUAUACAUUCACUGGAAGACAUCAGCGACAGCUCUAAACCUUUUCGUUCAAGUUGAUUGGUGAAAUAGAGAGAGAGAGAGAGAGAGAGAGAGAGAGAGAGAGAGAGAGAGAGAGAGAGAGAGGGGUGCACUUGUAAAGCUACUUUUAGAGCAACUUAUCAUCUACUAAUCGAUGUGGGUGAUGGUCUGCUAAAUGAACCAGUGGAGCGUUGCGUAGGGCACGACUUGGCAGAGAUUAUCGUUCUAGUUGUCAGCAUACGGCGCGUCUGCGUGUCUAUAUGCGUGUGCGCUCGACAUCACGGCGACGUUAGCAGUCAGGUGGCAGCGGAAGUGUUGUGUCUGUGGAAGGGGCAGGGUCCCUGUGAUAACUUUGCUAGAGAUCGUCACAUUGCGCAGGUGUGCACGUUUAGUUACGUUCGCGUUGGAGAACGAGUGUCCGUGUGUUUUCGUGCGUGGAUGCGCGCGUGCGAAGGGGAUAUGUCUGUUUGAGAGAGAGAGAGAGAGAGAGAGAGAGAGAGAGGGAACAGACAGUGACACAGUGAAACAGACAUACAGACAGACCGAGACAGUCGAGUAACAGCGUGGGACAUGAUCGUCGUCGGCAGCAGCGUAUGCUGUUUGUGUGUAUAUGUGAGUGUGGAUGCUUGAAGGGUGUAGAAGGUCCGGAUUGUGGGAGGUUGUGCAAUUCUCGAUCGUAAGUAUUGCCACUAGUAGAAGUAGGUUGCUCACUCUCUUUCCUUAAUCCUUGCACGUUUUCUCCAUGCACGUUUUUGUCGUGUGGCCGGUCCUUGUGCGUCUGUGUGCGUGAUCGCAACGCGGGUGGUUGAGGCGAGAGUGGCGGUAACACUAAAAGAGACGAACAGCAGCAACAAGAACCAGGCGAGCAGCGGGAACCAACCAAAAGAUACCUAGAGCUCGUGCAGCGCAGUGCUCUGGGGACUAGUACACAGCCAAGGGAUAUCUCUCCCUUUUUCUUUCUCCGUACCUCCCCUCUGUUUCUCAUCAUUGAAGAAGUGUUGGUAGUUUUAUAUCCUUCCUCGCCCUUCUCAAUCCUCCCCCGUUGUCGCCAUCCUAGUUAUCGUUUCUCGCUUUUUGUUUUCGAGAUCGUCAAUCCUCCUUUCAUUCCCUGUCUCGUUUGUUUUGAGUUUCGAUAACGCGUGGCGAGAUGCUGACGGAUAAUCGAGGGCCGAGGCCAGGUCCCCAGGGGCGGGGACCCCAUCCACUUCAUCAAGGGGGUUAUCAGGGCCCCUUGCCGCCACAAGUACGAUUACCGAACCACCCUAGAACACCCCCCCCUUUACAGCAGCAGGUAGGUCAUCCUCUACAACCGCCGUCCGGACAUCUCCAACAGACAGGGCACCCCCUGCAACAACAGGGACAUCAGCUUCGCGGUCCCAACACAGGGCAUGUGUCCCAGGGAUCCCAACAGCCGCCAUCGUCGCAACAGCAGCAGCAGCGAGAGCAGCCGCCCGGAUCGCAGCAGCAACCGUCGGGAUCUGCAGCCGGGCAGCCUCACGGUUCUCAGACUCAAAACGCCGGUCAAACCCCAGGAAGCUCAUCUCAAGUCCAGUCUCAGCAGACACGCUCCAAUGCAAGUAGUUCGGAAGAUUGGAAGGCAAAGCUGGUCGUUCCUGUCCCAGACACGAGAUACAGAACGGAGGAUGUUACUGCCACGAAAGGGAACGAGUUUGAAGACUACUUUCUGAAGAGGGAGUUGCUUAUGGGAAUCUAUGAGAAGGGCUUUGAGCGUCCAUCACCUAUCCAGGAGGAGAGCAUCCCCAUCGCUCUGACAGGACGUGAUAUUUUGGCGAGGGCAAAGAACGGGACUGGAAAAACUGCUGCCUUUUGCAUCCCUGCUAUCGAGAAGAUCGAUGCCAGCAAGAAUGCAAUUCAGGUAUUGUUGCUUGUGCCAACAAGAGAACUUGCUCUUCAGACGUCGCAGGUCUGCAAAGAGCUAGCCAAACAUCUGACAGUGCAGACGAUGGUGACAACUGGCGGGACAAGCCUGAAAGAUGACAUCAUGCGACUGUACAAUCCAGUUCACCUGCUUGUGGGGACGCCAGGUCGAGUUUUGGACCUUGCAAACAAGGGUGUCUGCAGCCUUAAAAAUUGUACUAUGCUUGUUAUGGACGAGGCGGACAAAUUGUUGUCACCGGAGUUUCAGCCACUGGUGGAACAGCUCAUUAGUUACUUACCAGAGAAUCGCCAGAUCCUAUUGUACUCUGCAACUUUCCCGGUUACUGUCAAGUCUUUCAAGGACAGGUUCCUUCGGAAGCCUUAUGUAAUUAAUCUCAUGGAUGAGCUCACUCUGAAGGGUAUCACUCAGUACUACGCCUUUGUGGAGGAGAGGCAAAAGGUGCAUUGCUUGAAUACAUUAUUUUCAAAGCUGCAAAUAUGUCAGUCCAUUAUUUUCUGUAACUCAGUGAAUCGGGUUGAGCUGUUAGCGAAGAAGAUCACCGAGCUUGGGUACUCUUGUUUUUAUAUUCAUGCGAAGAUGCUUCAGACCCACCGCAAUCGGGUCUUCCAUGACUUCAGAAAUGGUGCAUGCAGGAACCUGGUCUCGUCAGAUCUGUUCACCAGGGGUAUUGACAUCCAGGCGGUGAAUGUCGUCAUAAAUUUUGAUUUCCCGAAGAACUCGGAAACGUACUUGCACAGAGUGGGAAGGUCAGGGCGUUUUGGGCACUUGGGACUCGCAGUUAACCUGAUUACUUACGAAGAUCGUUUCAACUUGUACAGGAUUGAGCAGGAGCUUGGGACUGAGAUCAAGCCUAUCCCACCUCAGAUUGAUCGCACUAUUUACUGCCGGUGAGAGGCACAGCAUAUUUGUUAAAGCAGGGAUGGAAUUUCUAAUGCCCCUGCACACGCCAGGUUAAAAUUGUGGAAAGUGGGACGACCUUGAUGGGAGAAGCUGGGUGUUGCCACGACCUUUGUGCAUGAGAAGAGAGAGAGGAGGACGAGGGCGGGAGAGAUGGUUGUUCGGUCCUGGAUGGUGCAGCAAUGGGAAGAUGGCUGGCGGUAUGAUCAAGCUUCAGCUUAGUAGGGAUUUUCCUCUGAUCUCCUACAAGGCAGGAUAGGCCUUGUACGCCAGAAUUAUUCUCAUCAUGUGGUAUCAUAUGUUGCUCUGGCAAUUGCUCUGGCUAGUGGUCAGGUAACGAGGUUCACAUUCUCCAUGAGAGGUGGGUGCAAGGAGCAGGGAACCAAGGUCUUGAGGACAUGGUUUAGAGCACACAGUAAUGGCGUGAUGCAGAGUUCAUCGUCGAUCCCACUCUGAUCCACUUUUCGCCUGACUCAAGUAGGUAGGAAGCUAACAUCAACAGAGAGGAGGAAAAUGGUCCAGGUAAGGGGUGUGAGCAGAUGUCGUGGAGCAGGCAAUCGGGAGAAGACUUGGGAAUGAGCCAAGGAGGUCAGCAUGUGUGAACAGCGAAACUGGAGCCGAAAUGAGGCGGUGCAAGAAAUGCGAAGUCGAUGGGAGACUGCCGGACAGCCACAAGGGGAAAAGGUUUCACAUAUGUGGUCAGGAGAUCAGUCCCUCUUAAGUGAAGGCGACAGAACGAGGAUUUGGGAAGGUGGAGACUUGAGGCAGAGGUGUGGGCAUCUGGCAUAUGGAUGGAAAGGUCAAAAGGUUCCGUUUAGGAAAGGAUGGGUGAGGACACCUGGGAAGGGAGGAGGCCAUGUGAGGUCGGCAAGAACGGUGAGAAGAUAGCAAGAUGGCUGAGGGAACUGAUGAAAGUAACUCAGGUUUAGUGACCGCGAAGUGGUUGGUUGAGUCAAAAGCUCAGGUGUGGGCAUCUGGUGUAUGGAUGGAAAGGUCAAAAGAUUCGGUUUAGGCAAGGAUGGGUGAGGACACCUGGGAAGAGAAUUCGCAACAAAUACCGGAAGCGAAAAGGACGAGGCUGAGCAUAAUGUUUGAGAAAGUAGGGGUCAGGAUACCUGGAGCGGGCUGAGGAAACAAAUGAGAGUAUACACUAUACACGAAUGAGACCAAGAUCGGAAGGCAAAAGGACCUCUGAGCAACAAAUCUGUGGGAAUCUGGGGUCUGCACGCCUGGAACUAUCUGGGGGAAUAAACGAGGACAAAGACUGGGAGAGAAAUGUAUGGUGUCCUCUGAGCAUGAAAUGUUUUGGAAAGUGGGAUGAGUUGCAAACCUGCAGCAUUGAAGGAAUCCGGAGACUCAGAAAAGGUUGCUGUAGGAGGGGUGGUGGAUCCAUGGAGAAAAGUGUGUAUGCGAUGAGCCUGACACAUGUGUAAAGGAAUCGUGGGACAUUUUGUGGCGAGAUCAUGAUUGAGAGAAAGGGGGAAGAGAGUAAUGGACUGUAGCUCCUGGGGGAAGUAUGGAAAAGACUGAAAGAAGAAAGGACGUGCCUUGAGAGGUGUGUAUGUGACAAGCCUGCCGCAUGUAAAGAAAGGGUGGAACAUUUUGUAGCGAAUGGUAUGAGGGAUCAUGUCCGAAAUCCUUGGGAGGCAGGAAGGUAUGGAAGUUCGUAGAGAGGAAAGGGGAAGCGAGUAAUGGAGCGCAGCUGUGGAGGUAUAAGUAUGGAAAGGACCGAAUGCAGAAAGAAGUCGAGGACGGUUUGCAUGGAAGGUAAGGGAGAACAGAGAGCUGUGGACUGUGGCCAUUGAGGGAUGUGCAUGAAAGGCUGAACAGAGAAAAUAGGUGAGGAAGUUAGAGAGGGGGCUGUAGGGAAGAAUGGAGCGGGGUUGGAGAGAAGUGAAGACCAAGGCGGAAGGGUGGGUAUGACCACGGUCUGUGGACCGGCAGGUUGGGAAGAGCAAGAAUGUUUGGUUAGGAAGCUCGAGAGGAAGUGGAGAAGUGGCGAAAGUGGAUCCUGCGGGCAGUGCAAGCUUGAGAGGAAGACAUGUCCUGAGAGUCGAGAGAGAAAAACACAACCCUACCACUGGAAAGGGGUAGGAGUGUGAGGUUAAAGGUCAAUGGGCUGAGUUGGGGGAUGGGGCGAAAGUGGAGAAAGAAGGUCGCUUCCAAAUCAGUUAGGCUCAGGUCAUGAUAUUGCCGGGUGAAGAGGGAAACAAUACCUUUGGUUGCACGGGCGAGAAAUGGUGGCUAUCAUCUCCUCUAAUUUUUCUCUUAUCUAUGUGCAGUGACAUGCAACUGAUUGCGUAUCUCUCUGCAAAUCGGUCUGGAGUGGCAUGUCAGUAUCAGACUUCAAGGUGGAUUAAAAGAAAUGGUGUCAGUUGGAGGUGACCUGUUCCAACGGCAUAGGCAUAUCGCUCUUCACUGUCUGUUGAUGUCUUUCUGACCGUGCAUUUUGUGAACAGCAGAAUGCUCUGUGUAAGACGUCGGGAGGUUUUAAUUUUCACUAUUUUUUAGAUAUCAGGUGGCUGGGAAUCAACCGUACCGUAACUUGGUACGGUACAAGGCGGAUGGAAGUUUCAUUCGUCGUCCAGGUGAAAGAUUUUGCAGCACCGUGUGUGGGAAGGUUCGAGUAGGAGCACAUCAGUCGUCAAGAGGCCAGCUGGAUGCGAGCUUUUAAUCAUCCUUGCUCCCGUAACUACAGUGAUGGACCUGAUUCUACGACAUGCUGCGAUAUCCAUGAUGCUGACCCGCGGUGCUGAUGAUGGUGAAGGGCUGCCUAGUUGGUUGUAGUUUUGCGUAGGGUUCGAGUGUGUGGGAGUAAGAGUUGGUGGGCAACUGGGAAUGCAGGCCGAGAUGGCACCAGCGCAACACUUGAAGAAGAAAAAAGAGUUCUUAUGUGGUAGUUGGUUGACAGGAGAGUGUGUGGUGUUUAAGACUUUCGGAGUUCACUGUUAUGUGUGUCAAACGCACGAGCGGGACAGACUGGUUACCUAAGAUACAACGGCAUCGGAGUUCACUGUUAUGUGUGUCAAACGCACGAGCGGGACAGACUGGUUACCUAAGAUACGACGGCAGGAUGUGGUCCAAGCUCGCGCCAGUGAAAAAUGUGGAGCUGUUGAACAGUGGAAUAAGGGCUGAGCGAGCUGGGAGUCUGGAUUUCGUAACCGUUGCGGGUUUCUAGAAUGCUAGGCCCAGCUGCAAUGAACGCUUUGGCAACGGCAGGGAUAGAAGGAAUCAAGAGUUUGGUUGAGUGUCGUUGGGGUGCGCAAUGCACAGGCGCACUUGAUACUUGAACGUGCUAGGCACAGGUGCCCUUGAUACUUCUGAGUGCUAGGCACAGGUGCAAUGAACAGUUUGGAGUGCU